AUGUCCGGUGUGACUUGUGAAGUAAGAGCUUGCAAAGGAAAUCUAUCGGGUCUAUUAUGUCAAGCCGGAAGAUUUCGCCACAUUGCGUCACAGAAGAUUCACAGAACCGCCACUGAAGUUGAGCUACACAUCCCGUUCCCGAAAAGUGACGAGCCUGAUCCGAAAUGUCCGGGCAUAGAAAUUGCCCCGUCUAUGUGGUCGUUUUCGGUCGUCGUACAAAGGAAUGAGAUCAAUGCCCCCUCGUUGGUCACGUCUGUGGAUCGUGUAUUCAACGUUACAUGCAACUAUGCCGAGCUACUUGAACGAAGCGCGAGAAGGAAUUACAUUUCUAUCACAUUUCUGAGCAAAAUUCUCAAGAAUAUACGGCUUUCCAGUUCCUCAUCGUACGUUUUCGGCGAAGCAAAUGAGACGAAGUCUUCAAGAAUCGAUCUGCAAAUACUUCGGGAUGGCCAACCUGUGACCACUGUGCCACUCGGCGAUGAGGUUGAGCUGCGAUGGAGAAGUGAGCUCUAG